AAAAUAAUGAAUUACUAAUAAGCAUCAUGUUUCGGAUGCAUUCACAUUCCAAUCGCGUUCCUUUCCCACUGUUAUGCGUGGUGUCAACCCUGGUGCGCAGAGGUUGCCAUUUCCUCCCUUCUCACUUGCGCGCUGGCGUGUGCACAGGCAGCGGGAGCUCGGCACUCUGAUAACUUCAGUCUGCAUGCGAGCCUCUGUAUUUUUCUCAAACGAGGAAAAUGAAUCAUGGAAAAGCGAGGGACAUUUGUAUCGUUUGAGGCUGGUAUUUGUACAUUUACGGGUGCAUAACAUUUGGAAGUUUGCUUUUUGAUGACUGGGACUUGUAGAUUAUUCCACUGAGGGUAUAGAGUUGUUGCUGUUCAUUUUUUUUUUUUUUGCAAGAAGCCCGUCAUGGACAAUUUGACCACAGACAACAUGACAGCGGACAAUGACACGUCUUCGGCGCCGCACAAUCACACUUUGGGUGUGUGGCGCGACUACGCGCUGGGGUAUAAGGCGGUCAGUGUGUUUUUGGUGUCCCUCAUUUGCGGGCUGGGGAUGGUGGGCAACAUCAUGGUCAUCUUGGUGGUGCUGACCACCAAACACAUGCGAACUCCCACUAACUGUUACCUCGUGAGCUUGGCUGUAGCCGACUUGAUGGUGCUUACCGCUGCCGGGCUUCCGAACAUUACCGACGCCCUGCAUGGGCAGUGGGUGUACGGAUACGCAGGCUGCCUGGGGAUCACUUAUCUCCAAUAUUUGGGGAUUAACGCGUCCUCUUGUUCCAUCACAGCAUUUACGGUGGAGCGAUACAUCGCAAUCUGCCACCCUAUCAAGGCGCAGUUCCUGUGCACUUUAUCCCGGGCGAAAAAGAUCAUCAUGCUGGUGUGGUCGCUUACGUCCAUCUAUUGCAUCAUGUGGCUCUUUUUGUCAGCCACGCAAACUUUGGUAUACGACAACGUCGUGCUCAUCACCUGCGCCUACAAAGUAUCCAGGAGUCAAUAUCUGCCCAUUUACUUCAUCGAUUUUGCAGUGUUUUACGUAUUGCCCCUCAUGCUGGCCACAAUUCUGUAUGGACUCAUCGCCAGGAUACUUUUCUUGAAUCCGUUACCUGCGGACCCCAAAGACAGAGCCAGCAAGUGGAGGAGAGGAACCUGUAAAGUGGAAGGAAGAAUGAUCAGUGCAAGCUCCUCCAGCAGCACCGCUGCUGCCUCCCGUAGACAGGUAACCAAAAUGCUGGCUGUGGUCGUGAUACUAUUCGCCUUACUUUGGAUGCCCUAUCGGACCUUAGUAGUGGUCAACUCCUUCCUGGACAAAGCCUACCUGGACAACUGGUUCCUUCUCUUCUGUCGCCUCUGCGUCUACUUGAACAGUGCCAUCAACCCGGUCAUCUACAAUGUCAUGUCUCAGAAGUUCCGCUCUGCCUUUAAAAAGCUGUGUCACUGCGGACCUCAGCACCAAGAGAAACCAACUUCAUGCAGCGUGGCACUCACCUACAGUGUCAUCAAGGAUAUGUCCAAUGCAGAAAGUCCUGACCACUUUACUACAGAAAUACAAGAGCUAAACACACCAAGCGACCACUUAGUGCCCACUGGAAUGCCGACAACUGCCAGAAAGAUGUUGUUUGAGGAGCCCUCCCUUUUGGGGAAAGAUGCUAAAACUUAAAAAAGAAACAUUGACUGUGAAUAAGUGAGCAAUUUAACUAUGACUAUUGCAUUGCAUUGAUGAUACAACCUUGGCCAUUGGUUGAGUUAUAAUAACAAAAUGCACAAAUGAGAGAGGAUCAUUUUUUAGAUCAUUUAUGUAACAUUACAACUGAAAUAAAAUUAAGUAAAGUUUUCCUGUAGACACAAUAAUGUAUAUCAACAUAACUGCUUCCAUUAUUUUCCCAGGUUGAGUAAAAGGAUCAUUUCCAAAACAGCACGACAUCCAACCCACACUAUUUUCAAUGGAUUGGGACCAAGCUUCACAGCCAAUAGCCCUUAUAGCCUUAUUGAUGAGCACCCAAAAAAUUCAAUAAUUGCCUAUUGAUGCUACAAGGUGACAGAACAAACACACACACACAUAUAUAUAUAUAUAUAUAUAUAUAUAUA